AUGUCCUUCUCCAACACCUCCGUUGGCGACAAGCCUGCCGACCCGUACAAGGCGGCCAACGCAGAUGAACCCAAUCUGGAGACCAAGAUCAACGACCUGGUUCAGUUCAUGACGUCUUGCAAGUUUGGCAUGAUGACGACUCGCGAGGCUGAAACAAAGAAUUUGGUUUCACGAUGCAUGGCUUUGGCCGCUACUGAGUCUGGUGGCAUCGAUCUUUUGUUCCAUACAAACACCGAGUCUGGCAAGACGGACGACCUGUCGAGCGACCCGCACGUCAACAUUUCUUUCCUCAAUGUGUCGGGCGAGUGGGCUUCCGUUUCUGGCGAGGCCGCGAUAGUGACGGACAGAGAGCUCGUCAGGAAGCAUUACAACCCCGCGCUCAAGGCGUGGCUCGGGGAUCUUGGCGACGGCAAGCACGACGGAUCGGAGAACGACCCGCGCAUUGGCGUCAUUCGCGUCAAGAUGCUCUCGACGACAUAUUCGCUCGUGGCCAAGAACAUCAUUAGCCGGGCAGUUGAAGUAGUGCAGGGAGCCAUGACGGGCAAGCCUGCUCAAGUGAACAAUCUGAGAGAGAUCUCGCAAGACGAGGUCAAGCAGUGGCGGGCCAGCCACUGA